AUGGCUCCGCUCCGCCGCCUCUGCCUCUGCCUCCUCCUCGCUCUGCUGCUGCCGCCUCCCGCGGCACCGGCACCGGUCCCGCUUCGCCGCCCGGACUGGGCCGCCUGCAAGAUCCUCUCCCGGGAGCUGUCGCGACUGCUGGCGACCGUCAAAGAGCCGCACUCGGCGCUGGAGGGGAUGCAGCUGCUGGAGGAGGACCUCCAGAAUUGGCCCCCCCGGAUCCGCUGCAGCGACGCCUGUGACCCCCUGGCACUGGAGACCAACCACACGCGCUGCCUUCACCGGAUCCGCCAGGCGCUCCAGCACUACCGGGACCUGCUGGGCUCCGAUAUCUUCCGGGACCAGCCCCAGCCCCAGCUGGAGACCACGAUGGAACAGCUCCUGCACCACGUCCAGACACCUCUCGAGCCCCCUCCCCCCCACCAUGCUUCCAUGGCCCCCACCGCGGUCUGGGCACAGCCGUUCCAGCGGCACCUGGCACUGAAGCGGCUCCGCUCGUUCGCUGCCGUCAUGGGACGAGUGUUCAACCACAGCGCCCGCUGA